CAUGUCGGGGGGGCGGGAGGUGCAGCUUCCCCUCCAGCAGGUGGCGCCCUCCCUGACCACGCCCCUCUCCGUGGUCCCGCCCCCUAACCGGCAGGCCAAUCCCUGGCCUCCGAGCGACCCCGCCUCCUCUCAAGGUUCUCCUGCAGGGUUCCUCCCGCUCCACGGGGGGUUCAGGGACCACUUUGUGGAACCGCCAGAACCCAAAUACUGCUGCGAGGCCUGCAGGCUGGUUCUGUGCCAGCCGAGGCAGACGGAGUGCGGACAUCGGUUCUGCCAGAGCUGCAUCAGUGACCUCCUGAGGUACUAA